ACCAACACCUUGGAGUUGGGCUGGGUCUGCGUGGAGCCCCAGAGAUGUUCCCCAGCCCUUUCCUCCCAAGAACCAAUGAGUAAAAUCAGGGGCCUCCCACCUGAGGUCAGGGAACCAGGCCCUGGAGUGGAACUUGGGGUAGAAGAUGGCCUUCUUUGUCAACUCAUCCAUUCUCCAGAAUUCAACUUGUUCUCCAACUCAGCGGUGUUUGAAAGCAACUUUAUCCAGGUCACUAAGCCGGGGAACUGGAUGGAUGUCUGUGAAAGGUCUACCACUGUGAUCCUUGGGGUGACUUCCUCAGUGCCCUCCUUGCCACUCCCCAACAUCCUCCUGAUGGCCAACGUCACCUGGCCCCAGGGUCAGUUUUCCACCUGGAGCGUACCUGGCUGUGCCCCAGUCGUCACCCUCAGCAGAAUUCUCCCCCUGAAGUACGUAGAGCUACGCAUCUGUGACCGGCUCCAGCGCAUCCUGAGGGUUAGGACAGUAACUGAAAAGAUCUACUACCUGAGGCUCCACGAAAAACACCCAGAGGCCGUGUUCCAGUUCUGGAUCCGCUUGGUGAAAAUUCUGCAGAGAGGUCUGUCCAUCACCACCAAAGACCGGAGAAUCCAAUUCUCUCACUGCUUGGUGCCCAAGUUGCCAAGCUCCACCGAAACAUCUGCAGGCAGCCUCCCGUUAUCCUGCCAGCCCAGGGAAAGCUCCAUGCUCUUGGCGGCUGAGCAAACCAGUGACCCUUUCUCAAAUCUCUCAGGAAAGUCCCAGCUCACAGCAGACAGAAACACCAACACUGCCAUUGAAAUAGACAAUUCCAACAGCUUCGACAAGACGCCCUCGCCAGUGGCAUCGCCAGUCAUUUCGAAUAUACCCAUGAGAGCCACCUUAAGCCACAGCUUCUGGGAACAAGAGAAUCCAGAUGAGCACUUCCUGCAGGCUCCUGUAGCCAGCUCCCUAGGAGAGAACUUUCUGGGACCCUGACACCUGGCCGAAACAGGCCGACUUUCCCUGACCUUGCUCGGUGCACUUGCUCCAGCUUUUUGUAGUGCUCUUUUCCUAUUGUGGCCCAAAUAACCAUGGGAGAGGUAAGAUGGUGUUUAUAACAAGGCGCUUCUGUAU